AUGGAGAGAUGGGUUAAUAGAAGAUGGUCCAAGAAGGGGGCAGUCCAUGUCAUGGACUUAGAAGGAGGAUAUUUUUUGAUCCGCUUCUCGGACCAGGGAGACUAUGCGCAUGCCUUCUUUGAAGGACCAUGGAUGAUUGUUGAUCAUUAUCUCCUUAUUCAGAGAUGGAGACCUUUGUUCAUCCCGAAGGAAAAUGAGGUUCAAAAGGUAGCAGUUUGGGUACGUAUCCCAAAUCUCCCCACAGAAUUAUACAAUAGAUAUUUCUUAUGGAAGGUGGGUAAAUCUAUUGGAACUAUGCUGAAAGUAGAUGAACACACUUCUAUACAUUCAAGAGGCAAGUUUGCAAGGAUUUGUGUUGAGAUCGAUAUUCGGAAAAAAUUGGUGCCGUCCUUCUCAGCACUUGGGAAAGAAUUCAACCUUGUGUACGAAGGACUACAUCAAAUCUGUUUUAAUUGCGGUAAAUACGGUCACCGAAUAGAGGGCUGUCCGGAUGAAAAUAAAAAAGGCCAGAAGGAAACAAGGCUUGACCAACAGAACUACCAUGCAGCUGCCGGAGAUCUUCCUGCUCAGAACACUUCCGAACAGAUUCCAAUUCCAAACCAGAAAGGGAAAAAAAUUGUGAUGGAGAAAAAUCAGGGGGCUGGUCUUGAGGAGAAAGCCGUUGCUAAUAAUGAGCAAUCUUCUGAGAUUUUUACCAAAAAUAAGGUAGCUGAUACAAGUAAGAAGGUGGGGUCCUUUGGCCCAUGGAUGAUUGUGAAGAAGCCCCAAAGAAGAAAUAAAUAG